AUGGCAACUCUCCGGAAGCGUCUCGCUUUCUUUUGGUCUUUUCUCACCCUUCUUCCCUUAGUACGACCUCAAGUGCAGCUUACGCCUGGACAGUUCGAACCUGCUCCAUACAUCAACGCUGCGUGGACAAACGGCACUGGCGCCAGCGUGAGCAUCAACACGAAGGACAAGGCGUUGAGGAACAACACCGCACCCUACCUGUCCGGCAUCUUGUUUGAGGACAUCUCCCACUCUGGCGAUGGCGGCAUUUACGCUGAGCUUGUCCGCAACCGAGCCUUCCAAGGUAGCGCGGAGAACCUGAUCAUCCCCUUUGCACCGACACUGGAGGGCUGGUACCCUGUAGGUGAUGCUCGCCUGAGCCUGGACUUACUCCACCCAUUAUCCGAUGCCUUACAAGUAUCUCUGCAAGUUGAUAUACCACUCAACGCGACCGGUGAAGUCGGCUUCCACAAUGAUGGCUUCUGGGGCAUGGCCGUCACGCCACAGACGUACAAUGCAAGCUUCUUCGUCCAAGCCAACGGCUUCCGGUGGAACAGUACAAUCACCCACAUCGACGUCAGUCUGCGCGGCAACGCUACUGGCAGCGACGUUUUCGUGUCGAGUACUAUCGACAUGGCAAGCUCCUACCAACCAGUGGCUUACCAGUACCGCAACUACUCCGUGCAAUUAGUGAACAACGUCACAGCGCCAACAAGCAAUAACAGUUUGUACAUUACCAUGAAUGCCGAGGAGCUUAGAGGGCAAACACUGUACUUCGACCUCAUCAGUCUGUUUCCAGAGACCUACAAGAACCGGCCGAACGGCCUACGCAAGGACCUGGCGGAGAACUUUAAGGCGGGCAAUUUCCGGUUCCUGCGGUUUCCGGGCGGCAACAACCUCGAAGGUUACUCGAUCCAACGGAGAUGGAAAUGGUGGCAGACGACAGGGCCGCUCAUGGACCGCCCUGGCAGGCCGGGUGAUUGGACGUACUAUAACACCGACGGACUCGGACUGUUGGAGUAUAUGUACUGGUGCGAGGACAUGGAUCUCGUACCUGUAUUGGGUGUCUACGCCGGGUUCAGCUUAGAUAUAGCGACCUACGACACCGGCUACACGAACGCCAAUGAAUGGCCCGUAGAACUAAUGCAGCACGUUCUGCAAGAAGCGUUGGAUGAGCUAGAGUAUCUGACCGGCAAUACGAGCACGUACUGGGGCGCCCAACGUGCGGCACACGGCCAUGUAGAGCCUUUCGACAUACCAUUCGUGGAGAUUGGUAACGAGGACUUCUUUUCAUACGACUACCCGGCCCGCGCAGCUUUCAUGCUCAAUGGUUUGAAAGCCGCCUAUCCAAACAUCACCUACAUUUACACCACAGCGGACCUUUACGCUACCCAGCCGGCCAAGUUCAAUAUCACCCUUCCGAAAGCUGUGAUCUGGGAUGACCACGUCUACGCCGCAGCGAGCUACUUUGUCGAGUCGUUCGACCAGUUCGACAACUGGCAAAGCUAUACAUACGAAAACAACAUCUCCGCCUCCAACGACGUAUAUGCUUCUCUAAUGGAAUACCACGUUAGCUCCAUCGACAACCGGACUGGCGACCCAACAUUCGACUAUGCCUUAGCCUCCGUGAACCACCCACGCAUGCUGUCUGCUGUAGCAGAAGCGGUAUACGCACUAGGCUGGGAGCGCAAUCCAGAUACCUUUAAGCUGUCGGCCUUUGCUCCGGCAAUCCAGAACGUGAACUUCUACCGCAACACGCCGUACCUUAUGCUGUUCUCCGCGAACCCAAACGACACGGUGUUGAGUACAGGCUACUACCAGGAGCAGAUGUUCAAUACGUACUAUGGCACGCAGACGCUGCCAUUCAACAUCACACAAGGUGGCUUCAACCCGUUGUUUUUCGCUGCGCAGAUUGAUGUGGCCAAGGAGGUGGUAUACCUCAAGGUGGUCAAUGCAGGACACACCACGCAGAAGUUGACAGUGGAGCUGGAUAUGGAGUAUGGAUAUGUCAACGGCACGAUUCUGGAACCGCCAGUGGCUGGUGAUCUGAACGCGUUCAAUUACUUUGGCAAUCCGACGGCGGUGGUGCCGCAGGCGAUUGAUGGGUUGGGUGCUUUCGGCGCGCAGAGUGUAUUCAGUUGGCAGGUGCCGGCCUAUAGUGUCAGUGUGCUCGAGUUUAGUGCCGGCGGCGAUGGCGGGCAGACAGCAGAAAGAAUCGACAGAGGGUCGAAGCAGCUCACGACUCGACAAGUCGCGUACAUAUUGGAGGAAGAGCUGUAGAACAACGUGUGCCCUACGUAGUGGGUCAUAGGGUUCUCUGAAUGUUGCCAUAUUCGGUCCCAGUGUUGCGUCGGCGAUACGUGAAUUAGGCUAGUAAUUAUGAGCGGAGAGAAUACGUCUGUAUAGC